AGUUAUUUUUAUUUGUUUUUUAAGAUUAUUUUGAAAUAUACAAAUUAGAAGAAUGAUUAAAAAUAAAAUAUUAUAAAUUAAACUUAUUUCAAUAUCAAAAUCAUCAUGUUUUUCCAGUAAAGUUUGCAUUUUUUUUUUUUUCAAAAAAGAAAUCAAUUAUAUAUACAUAAGGGUCUUCAAGAGUUGCGUUGGAUAGUAUUAUGUAUUGAUUCUUGAGUAAGCCAUUGUGCUGAUUCAUCUCAACUCUUAAAUUUAUCAUGAUUUGUGGCCACAGUUCUUCCUAUCUGUAAAUAUAUUUUGAAAUUAUAUAAUUUUUUUAAGCAGAAUAUAUUACAUGGCCAUUAAUUCAAGGUUUGAUCUGGCUAUGGAAGCCUGAAUAUAUAAACUAGCUAAUUUUAGGUCUGAGAGUUCCACUCCAGGGAAAUAGGAAUUUUCUUGGCAGGUCCAAAACCCAUUUGUUUGAGGACUAGAGAGAUUGUGGUGAUCCAUCCAGCCUGUUAAUGUUCUUAUGAAUGUCUUAUGAGAGACUCAAAUUUCAUUUCAACUUGAAGUCCUUGGAGGGUAUAUACCUUAAAUAUGCUCUCCCUUUGUUUUCCGCUCUUAAUUAUGAGAGGGUAUAUGCCAUAUAUAUGCCCUCCAUUUUCUGUACUUUUCACUGCAGCACAUCUCUAAGCUAUUUUUUAUGUAUCUUGUUUACUUACCCAAAAAAACUUCAAUAUUCCUGCCGUUAAUCAUGGCUUCCAAAUCCAUAAUACUGUCCUUUAUUCUCUUCCAUUUUCAUUUUCUCCACCCAACAGUCUCAGAAUUCCCCACCGCUAGAGCAACUGAACCUGAGACAAGCCAUGAGAUAGAAGUCUUCAAUAUUGAAGCAAUCUCCAAUGCUCUCUCUGAUAAGGGUUAUCUUUCCAUGGCUCUAAGUCUGCAGCUGGCUCUCAAAUCCAACCUCAUACCAUCUGAAGUAAGAGAUGACAACACUAGAGUCACCAUAUUUUGCCCACCUAACAAAGCUUUCUCGGAAUUGAAGUACCCACAGCCUCCAUUAACCUUACUUCAGUAUCAGAUUUCGCCGUCAGAGCUCAACAGGGAGGCUCUGGAGUCAUCUCUAGGGCCCGACGCCAAGGUCCACACCCUCCUUUCAGGCCAUUCGCUGGUGAUCACUACAGAACCUGGCAGCAGAGAGACUUCCAUCAAUGAAGUGAAGAUCACAGAGUGGGAUGUGUACAAUGACGGAAGUGUGAUAGUGCAUGCGGUGGAGGACUUCUUCGACCGGGCGUUCCAAACUCUCCGACAUCCAUGGUAUGAUGAUGAUAAUGAUAAGGCAAUCAAGAAUGAUGAAAGGGGUCCGAGCCAAAAAGAAGACCCAAUGAGGAUGCUUCUGUAUAUUGUGAUUGGGGCUAUUUUUCUUGGAUAUCCUCAAGCUGGAAUAUUGCUAAUUAUAAUGUGGUUUUUCAUGCCAUCCAGAUUGUGUACUUGUCGCCCUUGAGUUGAAUUUUGGUGUUUAAUUA